AUGAAAGAGAAUCAACUUACGUAUGUCACCGUGUAUCAGGGUUUGAAACUCAUGAAUGAUCGUAGAAGCCGCAUUUUUAUGGUUGAGUAUUUCGCUAAAGGCACUGCUAUCAUACUAUGUGCUGCAUAUCAUUUAGGAAUGCAUUUCGAUGCGGGUUAUGUCUGGUUCCUCAACCCUUGGCUUUCAGGUAACUGGUGGCAGACUGCUGAUGUUCAUCCUCCAGAAUGCAGUCGUGAAGAAAUGCUUAAUAUAACGGCGUGGACUUUUACAGUUGGUCAUCAACUUGCCAUGGAACCACUAGUUCACAAGUUUAUGCCCACUUCAUUCAAAGAUGUGAAUCUUUUCGCUUCCGAAUAUUCUUUUCGUAAACAAAGUGUCGAACGACGCGUUCGUCAGCAUCCAAAUGAGUAUGUUCAAGAUAUACGACUUCGAAAAUUCAAGCAUCCUUUAUUUAAUGGGCACUCUUCAAAUAGUUAUGAUGAUUCACCUUCAGACUCCGAGUCACAACACUCAGUUUUUAGUACAAAGAGUGAAGAUGUUGGUUAUGUUCACUCUUCUCAUGAUUAUGCGAUCCAUACUUAUGAAUCUGUCAUAGUGCUAGCCGCUGCACUUAUUCACUUAUUACAUCAAAAUCCAAGUUCCAUUUCAUUCUUUGAAUCACGGUUAGUUGCUGAAACGUAUAGAGAAUUAGAUGACUCAUUUUCCAAUCCAAUUAUUUCUCUGGACACCGGUUUCCAUUACGUUCAUCGAAAAGAUGAUGUCAAAUCUGCUUCUCAGUUGAGGUUUAACAAUCUAAACGAGCGUAUUGCUGAUUACUGGCUUCUUAAACAGCAUCAAGUCAAUGUUACUGUCCCAAUAGUAUUGUGGACAUUAGAUCAAGAAUUGCUAAGUGAUGAUAAUGCUGCAUUCAUGGUAUCCUUGAUGGAUGCAGCUGAUUUAACUACACUAGCAGUUUCUGAACAUUUUGCCCAACUUAUGGGAGAACGUUGGAUCAACGAUGUGUAUUGGGGGAGUAACAAUGGUCCACCUGAUGAUGGAUCAGAAAAUGAAGAUGAUUGUGCCUUUGGGUUUAUCGGCAAGAUUUUCGGCGUCAAUUGUACUGGUUCUACUGUGAUUGGUACGAUUUCGAUAGUCAUUUCUGUAACAGUAUUAUGUUUCAUCUUGUUUGUUGUAUACUAUCGACACAAGCUCAAACAAACACAUCUUCGAAUUCGUCAACCAUAUGAAAAUCUUUGCAAUGAAUUAAAGGAUAUAGAUAUCCCGUCUGCUGAUAUUGUUCUAAAUCGUCGUGUUGGUCAAGGAGCAUUUGGUAUGGUGUAUGGUGGUGAAGCAAAACGUAACGGUCGAUGGGAAGCCGUAGCUGUCAAGGUGAUUGGUAAUAAGGCCACUUAUGAAGGAAAGACAGAUUUUCUCUCAGAGGCUAAACUAAUGAGGAGUUUAGAUCAUCGAAACGUUGUACGUCUGGUCGGUAUUUGUUUGUAUCCAAAAGAAAAUCAUCUGUAUCUGAUUAUGGAGUUCAUGCUUAAUGGUGAUUUAAAAACAUACUUACUUUCUCGUCGUGUUCUAGCUCAACAAAUCCCGGACCAUGAGGGCAUCUGUCCAGCUACGCUGACUGGUAUGGCAAUAGAUAUCGCAGAAGGUUUGGCUUAUUUACACAGAAAAAAUCUGAUCCAUCGUGAUAUCGCCUGUCGUAACUGCCUUGUUGGUUCCGACGGAGUUGUAAAGAUCGGAGAUUUCGGUUUAACACGUGAAGUGACUAGUAGUGAAAGUGAAGGCUAUUAUCGUUUCACACGAAAUUGUGAACUUCCUAUUCGUUGGAUGUCUCCUGAAGCUGUUCAGUUUGGCGUUUUCAGUGUUCAUUCUGAUAUUUGGUCGUAUGGCAUUGUUUUAUAUGAAAUUAUUACUUUCGGAGUAUUUCCUUACGAUGGUUUGGGUGAUGUUGAAGUUGUCGAACGUGUAAAACGUAAAGACUUUAGUAUUAUUGAAUUUUUGCCAGUAGCGGCAAGAGAUACGACUAUCUCACGACUAAUCUACCAAUGCUGUCAGCAUCAAUGGCAGCAUCGUCCUGCUUCACUAGACUAUAUCAUAGCUAUUUUGCGGAAGAACCCGGAGUGUGUUCGCCCAUUCCUUACAGACGAACCACCUAAGCCAAACAGCACCAUCGAUGCCCUUCGUUUCCAACCGGGUGCCGGGGCGUGUAUAAUGUCCAAAAAUACUCUGGCUUCUUGCGACCCCUCUCCAAGUAAUCCUGUGACAUCUAGUACUGUUUCUGAAGGCACUCAUGGUUACCCAAUUAGUUCUAGUAUUCGAGGUGUUCUUAGCGCAACAGGUAGUUUGGGGGGUGUUGGAAAGUCUCCCAUAGCUUAUCGUUCAGUUGAUUCGUUUUCAGAGAACGUUAGCUCUUCUGUAUUUCUUUCAUUCCUUUCUGAGGCUCCUCUUCAAAACCUUGGUCGGCGUCGCCACAAGACUGCUGAUGGUUCAACAACAGCUGGACGCUAUCAUGGCAUACGUCGAGGUACUAGUUCUUCUUCAUGUGGGCAUACAUUCCGUAGUUCGGAACAGAGUUCCGGUGGUCGUUCAACUGCUGAAGACCAACUUCAUCCCACAGGUGACAUACCUUUCAUCCCGAUUUGGCAAAAAGUAGACACUUUUGGUUUUAAAGCGUCUUUACCAUUUGGAGACAAUAUAUUAAAAGAUUGUCCAAAAUCACGACAAGGAAAACCUAGCCCCGUUAGAAAUCUAUUUAGCAAACAAACUAACCUUGAAAAUGAACGUAUGGAGUUAGUUUUUUCUAAAAAUCCGUCUGUUUGUCGUGAUAUCCAGGGUUUAUCUAAUCAGUUGUUUAUAACUUCUGGAAACUGUGCACAAGAUGUGUUGGAAACUAAAAUUUCCCAACAAGAUAUUGGAAAGGAGCGCAAGUGUUCUAAAGAUGUGCAAAAAGAUGAAAAUUUAACUUGUAAAUCAAGUAUUUUGCAUAAUCAGAGGUGUACUAUUCCUACAUCGCGUACUAUCUCAUCUGCCUCAGGACACCAUAGCAGUCUUACUGAAACUAACAAAACUACAUUAGAAUCCCAUCGUACGACAUCUGUUCCUGAAACCCUUUUUCCAGAUCCAACUUUGGAUACAACUAUCUUCAACCGUCAAUUAUUUCAAGAUUCUGAACCAAAGCGACCAGUUACAAAUGAUUUGUCUGGUUUACCCACUGCAAAUUCGGAUGAAUCUCUUAUAAAUCAGAAUUACUUUUACUUUGCAUAG